GACCAGUUUGUUUCGAGACGCGAGACGAUGAGGUACGACGACGCUCGCACGACCACGAUUCGAUGUCACAACGAAGAGCACGACCAAGACACCAUCCGCUCGCGUAUUUCAUCCCUUCGCGACAGAGAUCAACCAAAUCGCGCAUCUUCCGUGUGGUGCAACAAACGGCGUAAAACGGAUUAGUAUUGCAUCCCCGAACGCAGGAUAUUCAGGUCGGGGCAAACGAAAGAAAAAGAAAGAAAAAAAGGAUUAAAAUAGAAUAACAUGCCAGCGAUACGGAACGGAGGUGAAAAGAGAUAGACAGGUGGGAGGUCCGCGUCGACGAGAACGAACGAACGAACGGAAAGAGACGCCGGGGAGAUUCGGCUUACGAGCCGAACUCGAGAAGGUGAAAUCGAGAAAAAAAUCGAAGGCAGCUCGGUAACAACGGGAUAUAAUGUAACGACGAAUUGGACAAUCGAGGGAUAUAUCAGCUCAGGGACGAAUGGAACAAAUUCCGCGAGAUCGAUUAUAAGCGUAACGGGGAAACGGGGUUGUUCGUUAAGGGUGGUGUAUUUCGGAGCGCAUCGCACUGCACCCGGGUGCCGGGUGUUCCAUAAGCGUAACUGUUUACCCUUUACCCGGACUAGUAAUCCGGAUCAAAGGAAGCGGGACACUUGGCAGGCGACUCCCCGAGGCUAGAGUUGAAGAUGUGGUACUCUCCAAGCGCGAGCGCUCAGAUGGAGGAACGCGUCCGAGGGGACGACAAGAAGCGGGACGACGACGAUUUCGCGACGGAUAACGCCGACUCCGGAUUCCUGUCCGCUGGCAAUAUGCAGAUCAGCGGCGAAAUUCGCGAUUCGCAGACGAAGGAGAAUCGGCGAACCGCAUUUGCAUCAAGGGCAACGAUCUCGACGACGACGUCGUCGUCGUCGUCGUCGUCGUCGUCGCCGUCGCCGACGACGACGACGGUGGUCGCGGACGAGACAAUGCGAGUCACCGACAGUGGCAUCGUGGACGUUGACCUCAGCGAGGGCUUGAACCAUCUCUCUUUAAGACAAUCUAGCCUGAAUCCGUUAUCUAUUGAUAAGGAUGAUCUGAUUCAGUCUGAGCCGACGAUGAUCCUUCAGCUGACACCCGUGAAAACGGAACCAAUACCGAACCACAUGAGGCUACAACACCAGAAUGAUCUCCUAUUCAAACGGCAUCAGCAAAAUGUCAAAAAAUGCAUGAAAAUCAACGAAAAUGACUGGCAACUCUAUUGCAUGCAGGACAACGACGGCGAUACGCAAUUGCACAUCGCGAUCAUGCAGGGCUACGUGGAAGCUGCGCUCGUUUUGAUAAAGCUGGCGCCUCAUCCAUGCCUGUUGAAUACUUACAACGACGAUUGGCAAUCACCUUUACAUCUGGCGGUGCUGACGAGCCAACCGCUAAUCGUCAGGCGACUAAUCCUGGCGGGCGCAGAUCCAUCUCUUAGGAAUUUCCGUGGGAACACGGCUCUUCAUCUGACCUGCAUGAGCGGAGAACUCGCUUGCGCCAAGGCUCUCACGGAUCCAUUAUCCCCGAUGGAGAGGAAUAAAUUGAUGCCCGGACAGACAAUACCUGCCUUACCUCAGAAUUUGGAACAACGUAAUUAUAAUGGUAAAAGUUACCUCGAUCGGCGCGGGCCUAGUUUGGAUCGCGGGACGCCAGCGAAAUCUCCGACGACAAUGAUUCACCGUGAAAUGUGCUUGCACCUGGCAGCUGCUAAUGGACACGUGAAUCUGGUGCGUCUUUUGCUGCGUCUCGGCGCCGAUCUCGAGGCGAGGGAGGCGCUGGCCGGAAGAACGGCGCUUCAUCUCGCAAUGGAACAUGGAUGUCGGUCGGUAGUUAACUUUCUGCUCCAGGAGUGCAAGCCCUGUCUAGAUGUACAGAUGUACAACGGCAUGACGGCCUACCAGCUGGCAUUGUGCAUCGAUACCCAGCUCGCUAGGGAACUGUUGCGAUAUGGCGCGAAGCCGGAACCGCUACCGGAUUCAGAUUCCGAGGGCAGUUCUGAGAAUAAUAUUAGCGAUAGUAGCGAUGACGAGAAUUAUAACGGAGAGGCGAGUUACUUCUGUGUUAAGAUGCAGAACGCGGUCCAAGUGAAGGUCUGAAGUACCCACCGAUAUAAUAAAUAUUCGAUUAUUUCAUUCGAACGAAUUCAGACUGCUGUAUGGGGGUCAGAUUGUUGAACGAGAAAAUGAUAGAAAAGAAACGCAAGCUAUAUGUAUAAUGUGCACAUGCGUAUUAAGGAUGUGUGUCCCGAGUAUUGUAUUAAAAUGAUUACGAAAUGAUUUUAAAGAGGAUAACUUUAAUUAAUACAAAAUUAGAAAAUUUUAUAAAAAUAAAAAUUACUCGCAGAAGAUGAUUUCACAUUACAUUAUAGACAACGUUAAAGUUCAACUUGAUUUUUAAUGCAUUUAUGAAAUUAUAUUAAUUAACAAAAUGAGAGAGAAUUCAGGUGAAUUCACAUAAUUAUUAUUUGAAUAUUUGACAAUAAUUAUUAUUUGUUCAGCGAGUCAAACUACAUAGUCGCAAAUUUUAACGAUAUAUUUAUAACAUUUCAUUUUAAUUCAUUUAAUUCAUAGAAUUGGUCAUUUUAAUUCAUAGAAUUGGAUUAAGGUGAAUAAUAAAAAGAGGAAAAAAAAUGCUAAUUGAAUAGAUAAAAACUGGAAUGUCAGAAAUUUAGCUUCGACUUACUUUAUAUAUAAAGCGCAAUUUUAGAGAUAUACAUAUAUUGAGUCGAUUAGUUUUAGUCGAUUACAUUUAUAAUGCAGUUAGAUGUAUACUUUUUAAAUUGCGGCAAUUUAUACCGAAGGAUAAACGAAUAAACGAAUAAAAGAGAUGCAAAAUCGAAGAUCUUAGAAACGAACUUAGAAUUACGCGAUAAUAACGAAUAUUCGAUUAACGAACGAAGCAACGACAUAUUAAUGUAAAGAUAAGUCCUAGUAGUUUUUUUUCCUUAUACGCCUUAUACAGAUAGACGUAAUAUUCUGAAGCAUAUUUCUGAAGUGUAAAAUAUUGUAAAAAUAAUAACAAAGGACAAUCCAUAUUUCACACGAGAUAAAUGUAAUUGUUCUGGAAUAUGUGACUAUGUGGGAAAGAAGAAAUAUUUGCGUUUCACAAGAUAUUUUAUAAUGUAAAUACAGAAAAAUACACUCAAUCUGCGUUCGAUGAAUAAAUAGUCAUGAAUAAAGAUUUUAUUGUAAAUCAUAGAUCAUAAGAUGGACGCGAAAUUAGCGCGUGAAAUGUACAAAAUACAUUUUAGGUCGAAGAAAAGUAAAAGUCAAAUUUUCGAUUUCUACUUAUAGCGGCUUAUAGCGGUAGACGUAUGCGUUAUUAGCGCGAUACCCUAAUCAGCUGAGAUAUUGGGCCAUUUAUUAUAUAUAUAUAUAUAUAUAUAUAUAAAUGGAUUUAUAUUAGUGUAGCAAAAAAGAUCCAGGACAAUAUGUUUAUCGAUGAUGAACGUUAAUUGUUGGAUCAGUGUUCAUUUACUAAUGUAAGAUUGCUUCUAUCACGGAAUGUAUAAUAUCCCCUCUCCUGUGUACAUAGUUAUCUUACAUUAAAAUUAUAUGAA